AUGGAAAAUGGAAUUGACUGUGAUGCCAUGUUAAACAAUCUAGCUGAUCUUAAAGUGAAAAAAACAGUCAGAAUUUGCCUUACAAUAAUAUACAGUAUUAUUUUUGUGGCUGGGAUAAUUGGAAACAGCCUAACUAUAAAAGUUGCAAAAGUGCUUCAAAGCAAAGGAUACCUUCAGAAGAGUAUUAUGGAUCAUAUAAUCAGUCUUGCGUGUGCAGAUUUACUUGUUCUUUUACUGGGAAUGCCUGUGGAAUUGUACACUAUGAAAUGGAAUUCAAGCACAACAUCCACUGCAAACGUUACCUGUAAGAUCUAUAAUUUCCUCUUUGAAACCUGUAGCUAUGCCACAAUACUGCAUGUCGCUACUUUGAGUUUUGAGCGUUACGUUGCAAUAUGCCAUCCUUUCAAGUUUAAAUCUUUCUCUGGUUCAAGAACAGUGAAGCUGAUUUGCUUUGUCUGGCUGACUUCAUUUUGUGUAGCCUUGCCUCUCCUAUUUGCAAUGGGGACGGAGGAUCCAACAAUAUCUUUUCAAAACAUUAGCAGCAAUAACUGUGACCUCAGAAACUUAAACAUCACUAUUUGCACCAACCUCAGCUCCCAUCAGAUUGUGUACCAGUUGAGCAUUUUCAGUGCUUUCAUUCUGUACAUUGUGAUUCUGGUCUCAGUUGCAUUUAUGUGUAAAAUGAUGAUGAAAACUCUAAUUGGAACGAAGUUUAAUGCCGCAGCUAAGGAAAGUGAAGACCCACCAAAGCAUGGGAGAGGAGCCAUGGAAAAGUCCAGAAAACAGAGUAUUGUAUUUUUAGUGCUCAUUGUGGUCAGCUUGGCUGUGUGUUGGACUCCAUUCCAAAUCCGCCGUAUCAUGGCAGCAUCCAGAGCAAAGACAAAGUGGACAUUGACAUAUUUCAGAACUUUUGUAGACAUAUUGCAUGUCUCAGAUAUUUUAUUUUAUCUCAGCUCAGUAUUAAAUCCAUUGCUGUAUAAUCUGUCUUCUAAGCAGUUCAGGGUAGUGUUCAUGCGGGUACUGUGCUGUAAAUCCAUAGAGCACAUUAACAUGCGGACACUAAGGAGAACCCGUGUCAAGUCCAAGAGCAGCACCAAUCACUCCACAAGUUCACUGCUCCAUUCCACAUUCAAAUACACCUAUCCACGCCGGAAAACCAAUAAGGAUCUUUUGAGAACUGUGAUGAAGGACACAAGUGUUGAACUUCAGCCACUGCCACAUCAAAACUGUGAUGCCAGAAAAACAAAGCCAGACUCUGGAUUUAAUACUGUCGGCUCAGUUUCAGGACCUAGCUUGUUGAAAACUAACUCAGAGCUUCCUUCCCCAGAGAUAACCUCUGAGCUACACCUAAUAGAGCAAUCAAAUGGAGUAAAUGAAACUGAGAUAUGAAGCUUUUAUAAAACACAAAUAUAUCAAACAAAAAUCACAGAGAUUUCAAAGUGCUGUUAGUGAUUCUUCCAAAAGUCAUCUUUACAAUACCAUGUAAAAUUUAAAUAAAGCAACAGAAUUGGCAAUUG